AUGUUUUUCAGAAAUAGAGUGGUAUCGCUGCCGCUGCCGAGUGUCCAGCUGGCGAGCGGUGUUAGCAGACCUGCUGGUCUGUCGCCAGCACAGAUGAUAUUCCAACAAUGCCGUUAUGCCUCGGGUUUAGGCUCGCUGGCACCUGCUCCUGGUGCGACCAGACAACAAAAUAGAGUGGGUAGAGGUCCAGGUUCCGGCCGAGGAAAGACGUCAGGACGUGGUCAAAAGGGUCAGAAAGCCAGAGGUAAAGUCAAGAGCUGGUUCGAGGGUGGUCAGACUCCCAUUACCCGACUUUUCCCCAAGGUCGGUUUUAGAAGUCAGGUCCCUAAACCAGAAUAUAUCAACCUCGAUGUUCUUCAACGAUUGAUUGAUUUGGGCAGACUUAACCCUGCCGAACCCAUUACCAUGAAAGAACUGUACAGAAGCCGAUAUUUCGGCAAUAUCAAGCAUGGCAUCAAGAUUCUCGGUGGAGAUGCUCACAGAUUCACAGCCAAAAUCAACAUCUCGUCGACGUCAGCCACUCCCAGUGCUAUUGCUCGAAUUGAGGCUCUGGGAGGCACAUUCCAAGCCGAAUAUUACACACCUUUCGGAAUGAAAGUGCUGACGCGACCCGAAGCCAUCUUGCGGAAGUACGGUCGUAUUCCACUCCGAGCCCGACCCAUUGACAGAAAGAGCAUUGAAUUCUACAGAGACCCCGAACGUCGUGGAUACCUCGUGGGCGCACCCGGCGCUCCCACUAUCAAAGCCGCAUUUGUGGCCCAAGCAAAGACUUUCAAGAGUCCUCUGCUGCCCAACAUCGAGAGACUCAAGCUCAACGACCCCUCGACAGCGGCUGCUCGCGCAUUCCAGGACUCGCAGCCCAAACAGUAG